CCCUUUCGCCGUGGACGAACAUAAAUUGGGCAACUCAGGAGAACCGGUGAAGGCAGGGAAGGAGAGACGAACGCUCGGUCAGAAGUCAGGGCUGGGAACUUUUCCAGGACUAACAGGAAGAACGGUGACCAGAGACGAUCGCUGCCAAGUGAAAGGACCGGCGCUUCGCAACGACGCUGGCAGCAGACGUGCUGGGCGCAUGCAGGACCUUCCCGUCGGCAUUGCUGAGCAGCCAAUAUACGGCUGUGCAGUUGGCACCAGCCGCCGCAGCCGGCGGACAGGCUAGGAAUUCUCGCUUCGUCCUCAGGCCGGCUCUCAGCGGCGGAGGCGGAGCAUACGAGGUGUUUUGUUCUCUCCGUCGACAAUAAAGCGUGGCGCUUGGGUGUAUAGCUCCAGGUUGCACAGCGCGUGCCAGAAAGCGAGCGAUAGAUGGAGUUGUAUCCUCACGGCGUGCUGGCCACGCUCGGCGUCGCCGCUCUGACGGGCAGCUCCGUGCUCGCCGUGUACACAUCAAGGGAGGACCCGCGCUCUGUGGCGUUCGUGGCCGGCGCAUACGCCUCCAUCGCGCUGCUCUUCCACUUCCUGCGCAAAUUCGAGCGCGGCGAAGGGGAGAGGGGAAGGACCAAGGUGGCGGUCUGGCUGCUCACGACUCUGCUCACGGCCAUGUUCGCCUCCAAGGUUGCCCCGCUGAUGCCGCUGGCCGUCAGUUUCUUGGUGUAUCUGAUGGCGGCCGGAACCGUCGGCGCUGGAUUCUGGGCGUUGUUUCUCCAUCAGUGAGGUGAAUUCGUCGUCGUAUAUGAGCAGAAUAAUGUGGUUUCAGUGUAAACAAUAUCUUCGAUCGUCAGUGUGCAAUCGUCAAAAUCCAAUAUUGCACUGAAUAUUUUGCAAUUUCUUCUUAUAUGCUGUAUGCAGUAUGCAGCUGCCAGGUGCAAUUAUAUUC